GCCACGUUGGCUUAGCGGAACUACUUGAAAUGUAAAAAUGUUCGAGCCUUAGUUGAAAAGUCAAACUUGGCAGCAACUUUCGAAGGUUCACAUAAUUAUGCGCAUUGCCUUGCCACGGAUCCUGUGCCACAUCCUUUUCUAUCACCUGCUCCUGAUCUCGUCCAGCCUUGCAGCCUGCUAUCAACGUGCCCCAAAUUGCCGGCAGCCCCAGCAGCAAUCGCAGCCGUGCAGAUCCCAGCUACUGGACCAAACCGACGACCUUACCAUGGGCAGCAUUAGGCAUGGCAGCUCCAAGCAGACCGCCACGAACAUUGCCCAGAAGGCGGCCCAGGAGGCCAAGAAGGCGUCGGACACCCAGGCACCUGCGGCUCUGGCCGCCGCCCGCCAGGUGAAACACCAGCUGGCCGAGAAGGCCAUUACUGCGGCCAAGGCCGCCGAGGCGGCGCUGGCGGGGAAACAACAGAUCAUGGAGCAGCUGCAGGAUGAGGUGCACGAGGCGGAGAUUAUCGUGCAGGAGGAGACCUACUCACUGGUGGGCUCACAGUCAAAUGUCAAUGCCGCUGUGGCCACAGCGAAGCAGUGUCAAACGCUGUUGAAAUCGCUUCGCGGUUCGGUGAAAGUUGCCGAGGAUGCAGUGAGCAAUGCUGAGGCCGCUGCAUCCGGUGCCCAGCAGGAGUUGUGCGAAAAGAAUCAGCUGGUGGAAACCGCGCGCCAGCGAGCCGAGAUGCUGAUGCAGCAACUCCGCUCGGCCAAACUGGACUAUACCAACACGAAGAAGGCGGCCUACAGGGCCUGCUGUGCCGCCAGCGAAGCCAGGAACAAGGCUGUUAGGGAUCGAAGAUCCUACGAGGAGCAUAUCGCUGGCACAUCCGGGCAGCAGCAGCAACCAAUGCUGCAAAAGCACGAGCAGCAGGUACAACAAGAAGUUAAAGGACCGGCGGAGGAAUGGGAGUACAAUGAGCAGGGUAAAGCUAUAUUUUCUAACUAAUGUCCCAUGUUCAAUACAUUUUAUUUUGCUUAAAUAACCAACAAAUAUUAAAAGAA